AUGGGACUUGCCCAACACGACUUGCAAUUUGUGGUUGGUGACCCAGAAACGAAAGAAAAGAUGGAUAUCGACGAUAUCCUUCGCGAGGUUGACCCGUCAACCGGCGGCGUCGGUUCGGAAACGCGCGACAUCCAACUGUUGACCCGGCUCUGGGUCGCCGAGCGGUCUUCCCCGGAACUUUUAGAGUGGCCCCGUUCCGGCUUCUUUGAAAGGAUGAACGAGCGCAUAAAGCGUCAAAUCGAAAAGGUGGAGGAUAUGACCGGGGACAUGGAUCCCAAGACGAACUUUACGCUGGUUGUGAUCCAGACGGAACUCGAGCGGUACAAGUUCCUCGUGCGCAGCUACCUCCGCGCUCGCAUCGCCAAGAUUGACAAGUACACCCUCCACUACCUGUCCACCCCAACCCUCCGCGCGCGCCUCUCCCCCACAGAACUCGCCUACGCCACACGUCACCAAGCCCUCCUCCACAACCACUACCUCACCUCCUUCCUCUCCGCCUUGCCACCGGCCCUCCGGAACCUCAACGACACCGCCGGCAACGUUGGCAUGGUCGACGUGCCCGACCCGGACACAGCUGUUUUCGUCCGCUUGCUGAGAGCUGCCGAGGUCAAGGGUCGCGGUACCGACGAAGAUUCCGCCGUCGCGGGCAAGGAGGGAGACGUCUUUGUUGUUCGGUGGGAAGGUGUGAGGCGGCUCGUGGAGGAUGGCAUCGCCGAGUUGGUUUGA